ACGCCUCGUUCAUGAAAGACUGAAUGGUUGCUGCACAUGUGAUAGACCAACCGAGACUAUCGUUACAGUAACGUACCACAGAGAGUCGAGAUCCUUCCUCGCAGUCCUGGGUGGUGAUAAUUCCUGGAUAUACUCGCAGUCGAUUGCCUCCGCCGGACGUAAAUCGCUACAGGGAGCGUGUCGUUGCUACAGCGCGUACGAAAGAUGCUGUAAUGAGAGAGCCGUGAUUGAACGGAGCGACGCCUCGAGGGAAAGGAGGACGAGCAAAGAACACGCUUGGGAAGAGCAAACAGGCGCCCAUAAGACGCGUGCAGGCGCGUUUAUCUCACGCGCGAACGCGGCCAGUCCUCACCCGAUCGCUCCGAGUCGUUCUCGUCGUCCACCUCAUCCGGACGUCGCGCCCCCAUCGUUCGCGAUGGGCAUCCACAUCUGCCGCACAAGCGGCGGCAUCCUCGACCUCGCCAGCCCGUGCGUCCGCGAGUUCUGGAGUGCCGUCCUCCCGCUCGUCCUCGUCGCCGUCUUCCUCGCCAGCACUCUCCCCAGGCCCCUGUUCGUCCGCACCGCCGUCGCCACCAUCCAGCGGCCCUUCCGCAACUUCCUCACCCUCCCCGAGGCACAGGCUCUCGACGCGGACGAAAAGACAGAGCGCGUAGCCCAGGCAGAUGCACCGCCGGUCCCGCUCUGGCGCAGCCUCGUCCUCGCGCUCGUCGCGCUCACGGAGUCCCUCGUCUGGCUCGGCCUCGCGUGCUACAGCCUCGCUGUGAGCCCGGUCGACGUCCACCAUGCCCUCGUAGGCUUCGCGCUCGCGUCCGUCUGGCUCUAUGCGACGGUCCGCCCGAUCGCCGUGCCGUCCGCGACCCCGCCCGUCGACCUCCUGGUCUUCUUUACUCUCCAGCUCGUCACGAGCGUGCUCACGUUCGGCGGCGUGCUCUUCGACUCGAAUGUGCGCGGCUAUCCAUCCCCUGCGCCGUUCGUCCUCGCAGGGCACAUCGCGAACCUGGCGGCGAUUGGGCUCCUGCUUCUGGUCGUCUUCUACAUGCCGCUGGACGUGCCGAGUGGCAAGGUUGAAAAGGAUAAAAUUGGUCAAUCCAUCUCACCAGAAGACUACACGACACUCUGGGGCUGGAUGUCCUUCACAUGGAUCCUGCCUCUCGUCGAGCGCGGGACGAACACUACUCUGAGUGAGUCGGACGUCUGGGCGCUGAGCCCGACAAUGCAGGCGCGGCCCCUUUACAUCAAGUUCAGCCGCACACUGCGAAGCUCGCUCUUGCGCCGGCUCUGGGCAGCGAACUCGCUCGACCUCAUCCUCGACUUCGUGCUGACGUACGUGAGCGUGGUCUUCAACUACGCGAGCCCGUUCUUCCUCAAGCGUAUCCUCGACUCGCUCGACGUGCACCAGCACCCCACCCCCGAAAAGCGCGCGCUCGCGUACAUUUACGCGGUGCUCGCGUUCCUGUCGACGCUCUGCAAGGCGCAGGCAGACGUGCAGCACCUCUGGUACGGCCGGCGUGCGGCGACGCGCAUCCGCUCGGAGCUCAUGGCGGCGAUCUACGACAAGGCGCUGAAGCGAAAGGACUUCUCCGGCCUCGUAGACAAGGAUGCGGGCAAGAGCGCGAAGGGCCCCGAGGUGAAGGCGAGCUCCAAGGGCGACGACCCCAAGGCGGGCGCGGACAUCGGCAAGAUCGUCAACCUGAUGGCGGGCGACGCGAACCGGAUGUCGCAGGUCGUGUCGGGCUCGUACUUCAUCUACGGCGCGCCGUUCGAGAUCGUGAUCGCGGCGACGUUCCUGUACCAGCUCCUCGGCCUGUCCGCGUUCGCGGGCUUCGUCGUGCUCAUAGUCGGCUGGCCGCUGAACAGCAUCGUGAGCAAGCGCGCGGUGCGCAUCCACAAGGGCGUGUCGAGCGCGCGGGACAAGCGCAUGGGCGUGCUGAACGAGCUCAUCGGCGCGAUGAAGUUCAUCAAGUUCUUCGCGUGGGAGGAGCAGUGGAUCAAUCGCACGAUGGACGCGCGCGAGGUCGAGAUGAAGUGGAUGGUCAAGGCGCGCCUCAACUCGGUCAUGUUCUCGCUCAUAUGGAUAUGCGCGCCGAUCUUGGUGUCGGUCACGUCCUUCUUUGUCUAUGUCGUGCAGGGGAACGAGUUGACCGUCGGCACUGCGUUCACGGCUAUUGCGCUGUUCAACAUGGUUCGCGCUCCGCUUAACGUCAUCCCGGCGUGGAUAGUUCAGAUUCUUCAAGCUGGUGUAGCCAUGGACCGUAUCGCGACCUAUCUCGACGAGGAGGAAGUAGACGAGCAAGUCUCGACUCUCAAGAAGGGCCGCCAGCCGCCCGCAGCGGAGGAAGACGAGGGCCUCGGCCUCCUGAACGCCUCCUUCAAGUGGAACGAGGUCGAGGAGAAGAAGGACGACAAGGGCAAGGACAAGGCGAAGGACGCGAACGGCCGGAAGUUCUGGUCGUGGUCCCGCAAGUCGCGCGCGCAGUCGCAGCUCCCGUCGACCACGUCGGACGACGCGGAGACCGCGGUGGAUAAUCAGUCGACGGCUGGGAGCACGACGAACGGGAAUGGGGACCAUCGAUUCGAGCUGCGUGAUCUCACGGUCAUGUUCCCGGAGGGCCAGUUGUCGGUCGUCACUGGCCCGACGGCGAGCGGGAAGACUGCUCUGUUGAUGGCGCUCCUUGGCGAAAUGACCCGCCUCGAGGGCCGCAUCGUGAUGUCUAAGAACUCGUCGAAGGUGGACGAGCAUGGCUUGAUGCACGCGAUCUCGUACUCCGCGCAGUCGCCGUGGCUCCGGCACCAGUCGAUCAAGGACAACAUCCUCUUCGGGUAUCCAUACGACGAGGAAAGGUACAACCAAGUCGUGGAGUGCUGUGCGCUCAAGCCAGAUCUGGAGAUUCUCGAAGACGGCGACGCUACUGAGAUCGGUGCUCGCGGCGUGAGCCUUUCGGGUGGCCAAAAGGCGAGGGUUGCGCUCGCUCGCGCGGUAUACGCUCCUACGAAAUAUGUGCUCCUUGAUGAUCCUCUGAGCGCUGUGGACAGCCACACGGCUCGCUUACUGUUCGAUAAGCUGUUCCGUGGGCCACUCCUCGCCAAUCGCACUGUGAUCCUGGUCACCCACCAUGUCGAGCUCGUGCUCCCGGGAGCCCACUACCUGGUUCGCAUGCUUGACGGUCGGAUCGAUACUCAGGGAACGGUCAAGGAUCUUCGCGCACGCGGUCUUCUUGAUGACAUCACCCACGACGAAUCGGUGGAAGCCCACAAGGAGGAAGAGAAGGUCGAAGCUGAAGAGAAGGCAAAAGAGCCCAACGCCGAAAUUGAUGCCGAGGCCCCGGAGGAAGAGGAUGCGGAUGCAAAGCCUGACAAGAAGGAUGAUAAGAAGCCUCGGAAGUUGAUUGAAGAUGAGAAGAGGGAGACUGGUAGCGUGAAGUGGUCGAUCUACAACACCUACCUGAAAGCCUCAUCCUACUGGACGUGGGUCAUUCUCUUCACACUGAUCAUCCUGACCCAGGUUCUCGGUGUCUCCGAGAAAGUGUGGAUCAAGAUUUGGGGUAAUGCAUACGACCCUGAGGAUAAUAACAUUCCUACGUACACAUUCAACUCUUUCGCAACUCCUGAGCACGAGGCCGUUCUGGACGAAACGCUUUACAACAUCCGCUUCGCGCACAAGAGUCAUCAUCCCGUACCCUAUAUGUCGGCCAUCGGGAUGAACUGGCCUACAGCUCAGGAACAUCCCUUGUUCUACGUUGGCAUCUACGCACUGAUCUCCCUCUCUGCCGGUCUUGUCAACAUUGCCGGGGUCAUUACCCAGUAUACUGGCGCGCUGAGGGCAUCUCGUAGUCUAUUCCGUCGGUUGCUGGUGGCAGUUGUGCGUGCAACCAUGCGCUGGCAUGAUGUUACGCCGCAAGGUCGCAUGCUGAAUCGCUUCAGCAAGGACAUUGAGACGGUCGACGGCUCUCUGGCAAGCUCCUUGCAGGCCGUCAACACAGCUCUUGCCAACUUCGCUGCAUCGGUCAUUACUGUCGUUGUCGUGUUCCCUCUGUUCGUUGUCCCCGCGACCAUUCUAGGCUUCUUCUACCGCCGCGCAGCAGUUGGAUACCUGAACACUGGCCGCGACAUUCGUCGCAUGGAGUCGAACUCAAGAAGUCCCAUCUUUGCUAACUUCAACGAGCUGCUGGAGGGCAUCGUCACUGUCCGCGCGUUCUCAGCGGAGCAGAAGUUCCUGGACGAUCUCUACAAGAAGGUAGAUCUGACUACGCAAAUGUGGUAUACCUUCUGGAUGACCAACCGAUGGUUGCUGUUGUACUUCGACACGCUCGGUGCAACUGGUGUCUUGGCCACGACCCUCUUCGCUCUCUCUGGCUACGUUGAAGCGGGCACUGCUGGUAUUUGUAUCACGUCGGCUAUGGCGUUCACCACGAGUGUUUACUGGGCAUGCCGGUUCUGGACAGCGCUUGAGCUUGAUCUGAACUCUGUUGAACGUGUGGUGGAGUACCUUGAUCUCCCCCAGGAGCCGCCAGCCGUUGUCGAGUCGAACCGCCCGCCGGCUUACUGGCCGUCGUCAUCAGGUCCGAACAAAGACUCAAUGGUCGUCGUGGAGGAUCUUGUGAUCAAGUAUGCACCCGAGCUUCCCGCUGUCCUUAAGGGUGUCUCCUUCAGCCUGAAGGCGGGAGAGCGGGUUGGCCUGCUGGGCCGUACUGGAAGUGGAAAGUCGACGCUGGCCAUGAGUGUCCUGCGAUUUGUUGACCCCACCAGUGGCCGCAUCAUGAUCGAUGGAAUCGACAUCUCGACGGUUGGCUUGUACGACUUGCGUUCGAGGAUCACGUUCAUCCCUCAGGAUGCCACACUGUUCUCUGGGACUCUGCGUGACAAUCUUGACCCAUUCCAUGAGCAUGAGGAUAGCGAAUGUCUUGACGUUCUCCAUCGCGUGCAGAUGAUCACCGACAGCCAACUCGCGUCACAGCGGACGUCCCAAGCGACUUCUCGAGCCACGUCCAUUCACGAAGGCCAUGAGGGUAGGGAAGGAACGAUUGCUUCGGUUUCGACGACUGCCACUGAAACGGACGCAAAAACGACCGUGUCUCUCGAAACGCAAGUUUCUCCUGGAGGUUCGAACUUUUCGCAAGGUCAAAGACAGCUCAUCGCUAUGGCCCGGGCGCUGCUUCGCCGAAGCUCCAUCAUCGUGCUGGACGAGGCGACAAGUAGUAUCGACUUUGCGACCGAUGCCAAGAUCCAAGCGACGAUCCGCGAGGAGUUCAACGACUCCAUGCUUUUGACUGUCGCGCAUCGUCUGCGCACGGUCAUCGACUAUGAUCGCCUGAUCAUACUCGACAAAGGUGAACUGGCGGAGUGUGACACGCCACUCAACCUCAUACAAAAAGAAGGUGGAAUCUUCCGCCAAAUGUGCCUCAAAAGCGGCACCUUCACCGAGCUGGAGGCAGUUGCGAGGGCCAAGGCUGACCGUGAUGCAAGGGUGUCAAGGUGAAAGCUGUCUGACGACGUUUGGUUCACUCAUGGUAGACGUGUAACUUAUAACGUGGACUAAUGGGACAUUACAUAUCACCAAAACUACAUGGCAUACAACUGGACGGGAGUACAAAAACUUGUGUUUGAAAGACCACACAUGUAAACGAAUUGAUAGGCCUGACAGAGUACAACAACCCUUGAUAGUCAUCGUGCA